AUGUUUGAAGAUGAUGAAGAAGAUUUAGAUUAUGAAUCUUACUCUAGAAGGGGAAAGAAGGCCGAUGAUUCAAAAGAUAAUAAUCUGGGCAGCAUCAAGAUGAAGAUUCCUAUCUUUCAAGGAAAGAAUGAUCCCGAACUUUACUUGGAAUGGGAGAGAAAAGUUGAACAUGUGUUUGAUUGUCACAACUAUUCAAAUGAGAAAAAGGUGAAAUUGGCAGCCGUUGAGUUCACGGAUUAUGCAAGCAUAUGGUGGGAUCAAUUGAUGAUUAGUCGGCGAAGGAUUGGAGAAAGGCCAAUUCGGUCAUGGGAAGAUAUGAAAUUGGUAAUGCGCAAGAGAUUUGUACCUAGCCAUUACUAUAGAGAUUUACAUAGAAAGUUACAAGGGCUGGUUCAAGGCUCCAUGAGUGUGGAAGACUAUUAUAAAGAAAUGGAGAUGGCAAUGAUUAAAGCUAAUAUAGAGGAAGAUCGAGAGGCUACCAUGGCAAGAUUUAUUGGAGGCUUAAACAAAGAGGUUGCUGAUGUGGUUGAAUUGCAACACUAUGUGGAGAUGGAGGAGCUGUUGCACAAGGCCAUCAAAAUAGAAAAGCAAAUCAAGUCCAAAGGAUCCAAAUCGGGUUUGGCUUCUAGUUCCACAUGGAAGUCUAAUUGGAAGGAUAACAAAUCUGCCUCAAAAACAAAAGAAGAUGCAAAGCCAAAAGAUUCGGUUGCUAUUUCAAAAGGUAAAACCGAAACUAACACUUCUUCUAAAUCACGUAAUGUUAAGUGUUUUAGGUGCCAAGGAUUUGGGCAUAUUGCUUCCCAAUGCCCAAACAAGAGGAUUAUGAUUAUGUUGGAGAAUGGUGACAUUGAAAGUGCUAGUUCAAGUGAGGAUGAGAUGCCACCCUUAGAAAAUUGCAGUGAUAUUGACAUUGAAGAACCUGUACAUGGAGAUAUGUUGGUGACAAGAAGAGCACUAAGCAUCCAGCCUAAGGAUGAUGGUGAUAAGGAGCAACGUGAACAUAUUUUCCAUACUAGAUGUCAUGUGAAGGGAAAGGUAUGUACCAUGAUUAUUGAUAGCGGAAGCUGCACUAAUGUUGCUAGUACUUUGUUAGUAGAUAAGCUGGAGUUACCCACCAUGAAGCAUCCUAAUCCAUACAAGUUGCAAUGGUUAAAUGAAUGUGGAGAAGUGAGGGUAAACAAGCAAGUGCUCGUUUCAUUUUCAAUUGGCAAAUACACAGAUGAGAUUCUUUGUGAUGUGGCACCAAUGCAUGCUAGUCAUAUUUUGCUUGGACGACCAUGGCAGUUUGAUAGGAAGGUUACACACAAUGGAUACAAAAACCAUUAUUCUUUUAUGAUGAACAACCGCACUGUAGUCCUAACCCCUCUCAAACCUUUGCAAGCUUAUGAAGAUCAGAUUCGGAUAGCGAGAGAGUGUAAAAAGAGAGAAGGUGAGUCCGAGAGGAAAAAUGCAAAUGAAAGGAGUGAGAUUGAGAGCAGAGAGAAAAGUAUUCAAAAAAAAGAGAAAAGUAAAAAAAUGAGUGUGUUUGCUGAAAAAAAUGAGGUUAAGAGUGUUAUGUUCUCAAGACAGCAACUACUUGUACUUAUGUACAAGGAUGUUUAUCUUUCUACUAACGAUCUUAACCCCUCCUUGCCUAGUGUUGUAGUGACUUUAUUGCAGGAAUUUGAGGACAUAUUUCCAAAAGAGAUUCCUAAUGGACUACCACCCUUAAGAGGCAUUGAGCAUCAAAUAGACUUCAUGCCCGGUUCUACCAUUCCAAACAGACCUGCAUAUAGAGCUAAUCCCGAAGAAACAAAGGAAAUCCAAAGGCAAGUGGAUGAGCUGGUGAAAAAGGGAAUUGUCAGAGAAAGUCUUAGCCCAUGUUCGGUUCCUGUCAUCCUAGUCCCAAAGAAAGAUAGAACAUGGCGCAUGUGUGUGGAUUGCCGAGCCAUCAACAAAAUAACAGUUAAGUAUAGACAUCCUAUCCCAAGAUUAGAUGAUAUGCUUGAUGAAUUACAUGGCUCUUGUUUGUUUUCUAAAAUUGAUUUGAGAAAUGGCUACUAUCAAAUUCGUAUGAAAGAGGGAGAUGAAUGGAAGACAUCAUUCAAAACUAAAUAUGGAUUGUAUGAGUGGUUAGUGAUGCCUUUUGGUUUAACUAAUGCACCUAGUACUUUCAUGAGAUUGAUGAAUCAUGUUUUGCGUGCUUUCAUAGGUCAAUUUGUGGUAGUUUACUUUGAUGAUAUUUUAGUCUAUAGUAAGAACUUGGAUGAACAUGAACAACAUUUGCAUGCUGUUUUUAGCAAAUUGAGAGAACACCAAUUAUAUGCUAAUCUUAAGAAGUGUACAUUUUGCAUGGAAUCUGUUGUAUUUCUUGGUUUUGUUGUUAGUUCUCAAGGUAUUAGCAUGGAUGAGGAGAAGGUGAAGGCAAUCAGGGACUGGCCUACACCUAAGAAUGCGAACGAGCAUGAACAAGCUUUCACUGAUUUGAAAGAUAAGCUAACUAAUGCACCUUUGUUAAGUUUGCCUAACUUUGAUAAAGCUUUUGAAGUUGAAUGUGAUGCAUCCGGAAUUGGAAUAGGAGCUGUUUUGAUGCAAGAUUCAAAACCAAUUGCUUAUUUUAGUGAAAAGCUAAGUGGGGCAGCCUUGAAUUAUCCAACAUAUGACAAAGAACUUUAUGCAUUAGUGAGAACUCUUCAAACAUGGCAGCAUUACUUGUGGCCGAGGGAAUUCAUCAUUCAUUCUGAUCAUGAGAGCUUGAAGUUCUUGAAAUCCCAGGGUAAGCUUAAUAAGAGGCAUGCUAAGUGGCUGGAGUUCAUAGAAACAUUUCCUUAUUUCAUCAAGUACAAACAUGGAAAAGAAAAUAUCGUUGCUGACGCGUUGUCUCGAAGCUUUAAUCCUUUAACUCCCUUGGAUAUUCUAUCUUUGCCUACUAAAGAACGUGCUAAUCUUGAUGGAAAGCAAAAGGCAGAAUUUGUGAAGGAUUUACAUGCCAAGGUUCGGGCUAACAUUGAAAAGAAGAAUGAGCAAUAUGCUAAGCAAGCCAACAAAGGACGUGUAAAGAUUGUUUUUGAACCUGGUGAUUGGGUCUGA